AUGCCAUCUCUCAAUAGCUGGUAUUGGCACUUUCUCGAAAACUAUGUCUAUGCUGUACCAGAACCUCCUCCACGGCGGCGAACAAAACCCAUGCAAGUCUUAUGUGUGGGCCCGCCAAGGUCUGGGACUGAGUCCCUUCAGACAGCACUUCUGAAACUCGGAUACGAUCAUACUUAUCACGGCUGGGAUAUCGUUUAUGAGAACCCCCCUGCCGCAUCAAAAUGGUUUGGACCUGUUGAUGGGAAUACGAACAUCACCAAGGAAGACUUUGAUCAAGUUCUUGGCCAUUGUGUCGCCGUCACAGAUGCUGCAGCAUCCGUCUUUGCUGCCGAACUCAUUGCUGCGUAUCCUGAAGCCAAGGUAGUCCUUAAUUACCGCAAAGAUCUGGACGCAUGGCAUGAAAGCGCUAUCAAGACCUUGCUCAGUGUUUGGGACAGCUGGCUGAUCUUUGCACUUUCCUGCCUUGGAAAGGAGCUGUUCUGGGUGUGGCAUGCUUAUAGGCGCUUUAUGUGGCCUGGUUUGUUCCGAGCUUUGGACGGUGAUAUUGACACGGGAAUAGAGAGGAAUGGAAAAUGGGUUUACAAAGAACAUUGCAACAUGAUCCGCGGCCUAGUCCCAAAAGAGCGACUUCUGGAGUGGACUGUUGAAGAUGGCUGGGAACCCUUGUGCAAGUUCUUGGGCAAGCCAGUUCCAGAUGAACCGUUCCCUCAUGUCAACAAAGCUACUGGAUGGGAUGACCGCAUAGCUGAGACUAGCAAGAGAUAUAUGUGGAGUGCUCUGCCGGGCUUGGCUAUGGUGACUACAGUUACGGUUGGCUUGGGAGCUGUGGCAUACAAGACUCUGCUUUGA